GGUUUUGUCAAUCACACUGCAGGGGUGGGGAGAGAAAUGGGGCUUGUUUCCUCCCUCCGCUUCCCUUAUGACGGGGUGGGGGAAUCAUGCGGACUUCCGCGGCGGGUCGUGAUGAGGAAUGAAUGCUCUGAUCUCUGCAUGGCUCUGAGGAAGGAGAGUGCUGAGCAGAGAGCCAUUUCUUCCUGUGGAAAAGCGUGAAAUUGCAACCACGGAAAAAAGCAGGUAAACGACUUGCAGCAGCGAGCCUUCGCUCCUCCUCUUCCACGCCCGCCUUUCACCCCUCACUGUGCCAGGGCGCGGAUCUUUGCGCCAAAGUGAGGUGGGCGGCAGGGUCACUGGGCUACCCUCGUUCCUUCGCUGCUGCAGGCAGAGGUGAGAGGAAGGAAGAGCGCUCUUCAGCUCCGCCGGUUGCAAAUCCCACUCAGCCUCCCCGGCGCCUUUUUUUCUCUGUGUCGCAGUUGCCGUGCAAAACCAGCUGGUAGCAUUGCCAGGUACCCAGGAGGACUAGCCUGCAUAGGGCAGGAAGGAGCAAAACCAGGAUAACCUUCAUAGUGGAUGGAAGAUGUCGAGGUCGGUCGGUUGGUUUUUCAAGUGUGACUUCCGGGCUGUCAGGCUUGCCUGUUUCUCUUCUAUCUAGGAAUUGAGGAGAGUGGAGCGCUGCAGUACCCCACUGUGCUUUUCAAAGGACAUAGGAAGUUGCCUUCUCCCGUCCAUCGAGCUCAGUACUGUCCGCAGUACACUGACCGGCAGUGGCCCUGCAGGGUUUCCAGGGUUGCUUGUGUUUGGAAUUCAAGUUGUAAAGAGCUCAUUGGGAUAACAUAAGUUGGUGGAGCACUUCUGCAGUUUAACAUCCCUAAUCAGUUCCUAAGUUGCUGCAGGAUGGAUGUGGAAGUGAAUUGGGAGUCCGAUUAUGACACCCAAGAAGAUCAUUCGGAAGACUCCAGCUGUACUUCUGAGUGGGUGAGUCAGAAAGCCAGUCUCCAGUUGGAAGCAGAGGAAGACUACUCUCAACCCUCCAGUCCUAGUUCCAGCCCUGCUGGACCUUCUGGGUGGCAGGAACUCCCUGUCGAAUUGCAUUGUGAAGAAGAGGAAACUCGUAAUAUCAGCCACCAGUGGAGUGACUCAACCACAGCUGGGAUCUUCAUCACUUCUAGCACCAACUUUGACCUGCAGUGUGAAGAUGAAGGCCUGGGGUUCGGUUCACUUGAGCAUGCAAAAGGGACUUGGGGAAGAAUAAGCGAAGAUCACAAAGAUAUCAUCAUCACUGACUCUUUUGGUGAGGAGGACUUCACUCCCACAUCUGGGAAUGUUUUAUCUUGCCAUUGCAAGAGAUGUGGAGAAACUUGCCACAAUCUCAGUACAUUGCAGAAACACCAGCAGUACCAUGCGUCUGAACAUUUGUACCAGUGUCCCAUCUGCAGCAAAGAAUUCUUUCGUGUGGCCAAUUUCAGAAUGCAUAAACUCAUCCAUUCAAGUGACAGGCCAUACAAGUGCUCAGAGUGUGACAAAGGUUUCAUUCAUAAAGUUGAUCUCUUGAGGCACAUGCAAAAUGUGCAUAAGAUAGAAUAUUUAAAAACAUUGAGGUGCGCGUCUUCGCUUAAAGGGUCUUCAGUGCAUCAGAACCAAAAUGCUGCUUCCCAGGUAUGUCCUGGCGAGACAUGUAGAGAACAGCCUAAAACUUGUAGAUGCUCCACAUGUGGCAAGGGUUUCCGUACAGCUGACUUGCUUUCCAAACACAAGAUGAAUCAUCAGCAAGAUAAGCCGUAUGAGUGUCAAGAGUGUGGAAAAGCCUUUGCCCAACUGCUCAGGUUGAAAAGGCACCAGAAAAUUCAUACUGGGGAAUGCCCCUUCUAUUGCCAAGAGUGUGGUGGGGCUUUUACGCGCAGAUCUUCACUGCAUCGGCAUCAGAGGAUCCAUUCUGGAGAGAAACCCUACUCUUGCAUAUACUGUGGUCAAGACUUCAUUGAGUCAGGCUCCUUGAGGAAGCAUGAACGCAUUCACCAAGAGCAAACAUAGGGGUUUAAACUUUGCAAGUUUUUGGUACACACUAGUUGUUCUGUUACAAAGAUGUGUAUUGUACUGUACAGGUUUGCUUGUCAGGAAGCUAUGAUUGGCCAUAGCUCACUGUUGAGCAUACACUUGGUGGCAAUCCUGAGUUUGCCUCUGCGUAUUAUAUCAAGUGGUCCAUAAUUUAUAAAGCUUGUAAGUUUUGAGCCUUUUCUUUUCCUGCCAUUUGUCUGGCAGGCUGAAGAAACUGUUCCACCAGCCGUCUUGUUGUUUGUUUUAUAUAUUCAAUAUAUUUGUUCUCUUAAUACA